UGUUUCUUCUCACCUUCCCCCCUCUUUCUCUCUCUCUCUCUCCGUUUUUGCCCUAAUCAUUGCGAUCGCGCUUUCGCUCUCCACGAUCGAUCGAAGUGGUGCUCGACAUCGUAUUGGUUUGUCAAGGCUGGUGUGAAGCUUAUCACUAUAGCUUCGAAGAAAUCUUAUUAUAAUUUGGCCUCCCAAAAUUUUCAGCAAUCUUAUCACUGAUCUAGUUUCAUCACAAUUACUCAACUGGCAUGGCAACCAACGAAAACCUCCCACCUAAUGUCAUCAAGCAACUCGCAAAAGAACUGAAGAACCUCGAUGAGACACCCCCUGAAGGCAUUAAAGUGAUUGUGAACGACGAUGACUUCUCUACUAUCUUUGCUGAUAUUGAGGGUCCUGCCGGAACCCCAUAUGAGAAUGGCUUAUUCCGCAUGAAGCUGAUAUUGUCUCACGACUUUCCUCAGUGUCCUCCGAAAGGCUACUUCAUGACAAAGAUCUUCCAUCCUAAUAUAGCGACAAAUGGUGAGAUCUGUGUCAACACAUUGAAAAAGGACUGGAAUCCAAGUCUUGGGUUGCGACAUGUUUUGCUUGUGGUGAGAUGCCUUUUGAUCGAACCAUUUCCUGAAUCUGCUCUCAAUGAACAGGCUGGGAAAAUGUUGCUCGAGAAUUAUGAGGAGUAUGCAAGGCAUGCUAGAUUGUACACGGGAAUACACGCUCUUAAACCUAAGACCAAAUCGAAAACCGGGGCAAUUUCCGAGUCCACCACGGCUUUGAAUGUCGAUCAAGUGAACACGAUACCAAGCGGCAAGGUCCCAUUGGCCCCUGCAACAUUAACUGCAGCUGCAGCUUCUAAAGGAUCGGCGACAAACUCUCAAGAUCAGAAUGCGUGCGUCGCUCUGUCAUCGGAGCCGCAAAAGAAGGAAGGAGCAGUCGCUGCGAAAGCCCAAGUAGAUAAGAAGAAGAUGGAUGCGAGGAAGAAGAGCCUGAAGAGAUUAUAGAUGAGGAGUCGGAAGAAUGAAAAGCGAGAAUAGGUAGCAGAAAAUUGUCAGACUUUUUCUUUGGAGAUGGAAAUAACUUUAAACAUAUGUAUAACAUCAUUUGGAACAGGGAAGAGGGGGGAAUUCAUUUGAUCCUUUUCUUUUGAAUUCUUCCUCCUUUGGCAUGUACACUUACAAUCCUACGAAGAUACCCCCAAAUUAUCUAUAUCCUUUGAGUGUUUGAUUUCGGAAAAAGAA